AUGACUCCACCUCCAGGGUAUUCUGUUCCAGUUGGGAAGGUCUGCAAGCUUAAAAGGUCUUUAUAUGGUCUUAGACAGGCUUCUAGAUGCUGGAACAUUGAGUUGAGCAAAUUUCUGGUUUCACAAGGGUAUGUUCAAUCCAAAGAAGAUUACUCAAUGUUUAUCAGAAGUGUUGGGGAUUCUUUUACUGUUGUUAUUGCUUAUAUUGAUGAUUUACUGGUUUCUGGUAAUGAUUCUGGUGAGAUAUCCUCUUUGAAGACUAAAUUGCAUUCUACUUUUACUAUCAAGGAUUUGGGGGCUUUGACAUACUUUCUUGGUAUUGAGUUAUUGGAUUGUUCUCUUGCUUCUUUUCCUGUUCCUAAGGGUGUCAAGUUCAACAAUUUUGAAGGGGUUGUUUUGCCAGAUCCCGAGGUUUACAGAAAAAUUGUUGGUAAACUUUUGUAUUUGAAUCUUACAAGGCCAGACAUAUCUUUUGUUGUCCAGCAAUUGAGCCAGUUUUUGAGUGAACCUAGAGAUGUUCAUUUGUCUGUGGUCAAACAUGUACUCAGAUACUUGAAAGGGACUUUUAAUGUUGGUCUUUUUUAUUCUGCAUAUGCUGAUUUGAAGCUGACAACAUAUAGUGAUGCUGAUUGGGGUAAUUGUAUGGAUUCAGGGAGAUCUUUAACAUGCUAUACUAUUUUUCUUGGGAAUUCCUUGAUUUCUUGGAAAACCAAGAAACAGAAAGUUGUUUCAAAAAGCUCAAUUGAAGCUGAAUAUCGUUCUAUGAGCAAGACUGCUGAUGAAAUACAAUGGUUGGAAAGGUUGCUUGAUGAGCUUGGAGUCUGUGUUCCUACUCCAAUUACUUUCUUUUUGUGA